UGAUUUCACGUCAGUGUUCCCCGUCCUGUUUUGGUGGGAGGUCAGGAUUUGAGCCAACGUCCUGGUCCAGUCUGAGCUGACUGAAGGUGGGUCCGGUCCGGUCCAAUCCACCUGUGAGGAACAGAAGGAGAGGAAACAGUUUGUCCACAAAGCUGGGAACAGAAGGACGUGGAGCAUCGUUGUGAGCCAUGGCGGAUCCUGUGAACCCUUCACAUGCUACAUUUGACCUUUUUGUCCAAGCCAAGACAUGUCAGGAAGUGAAAAAACACUUCAUCGAGCUCUGCCGGCAACUGCAUAUUGAUCCUAAAGAUUUUAGGAGCUUCUACACAAAAAUAAAGGAAAGACUGAACUACUGGAAGGCCAAAGCUUUAUGGACCAAGCUGGACAAGAGAGCAUCUCAAGAAGCUUACCAGCAAGGAAAAGCCUGUCUCAAAAACAAGUGUUUGGUGCUGGGUGCUGGCCCAUGUGGGCUGAGGACAGCCAUCGAACUGUCCCUGCUAGGGGCUCAGGUGGUGGUGCUGGAGAAGAGAGGGGAGUUCACCAGGAACAAUGUUCUCCACCUGUGGCCCUUCACCAUCUACGACCUCCGAGAGCUCGGAGCCAAAAAGUUCUAUGGCAAAUUCUGCUCUGGCUCUCUGGAUCACAUCAGCAUCCGUCAGCUGCAGUUGAUUCUACUGAAGGUGUGUCUUCUCCUCGGGGUGGAGGUGCACACCGAAGUGGAGUUCCAGGGUUUGAUUGAGCCCACUGGUGAAACUGGUUGGAUGGCCAAACUGCAACCUCAGAGUCAUCCUGCAACAGCUUUCCAGUUCGACGUCUUCAUCUCUGCUGGUGGAGGCAGGUUUGUCCCUCAUGGUUUUAAGCACAAGGAGAUGAGAGGAAAGCUGGCUAUUGGCAUCACAGCCAACUUCAUCAACGGGAACACUGCUGCCGAGGCGCAAGUAGCAGAGAUCAGUGGUGUGGCCCGCAUCUAUAACCAGAAGUUCUUCCAAGAACUGCUCAAUCAAACAGAUAUUGAUUUGGAGAAUAUUGUCUACUACAAAGAUGACACCCACUACUUUGUCAUGACUGCCAAGAAGAAGAGCUUGCUGAAGAAGGGGGUCAUUAAACAGGACUACAGCAACGCAGAACAGCUGCUGGCUCCUGCAAACGUGGAUCAUGUCGCUUUGUGCAUUUAUGCUCAUGAUGCUGCGUACUUCUCCACUGGUGGCAAACUGUCUGACCUCCAGUUUGCCCAGAAUCAUGCAGGCCAGUCAGAUGUGGCCAUGUUCGACUUCACCUGCAUGCACCGCUCUGAGAAUGCCUCUCAUGUCCGUGAGAGGAGGGGCAAGAAGCUGUUGAUAGCUCUUGUUGGAGACUGUCUGGUGGAGCCCUUCUGGCCUCUGGGGACAGGCAUAGCUCGUGGAUUCUUUGCUGCCUUUGAUACAGCGUGGAUUGUGAAGAGCUGGGGUAUGGGUGUCCCACAUCUAAAGGUCCUAGCUGAGAGAGAAAGUAUUUACCAGCUCCUCUCCCAGACCACACCUGAAAACACCAGCAAGAACUACUCUCAGUACAGCAUCGACCCUAAAACACGAUACCAGAGAGUCAACCUGUCGUCCAUCCAGGCUCACCAGGUCCAGCACCUAUAUGAUGGUGAUAAAACCCGUCCAUCCAGCACAACACAGGACAGCCAGUGUGUCAUGCGUCGAGAUCCAGCCAGUGGUUUUGAGGAGUUGUUGAAAUGGUGCGUGAAACACACCAACGGCCAUAAGAACGUGAAUGUAAAAGAUUUUACCCAAUCCUGGAGGUCCGGGCUGGCUUUGUGUGCUCUCAUUCACCACUUUAGACCCAAGCUGAUGUAA